CGCUUUCCAAUCGAACCACCAUCGAGUGUACAGAGUGUGAAGCAGUGGAGCAGUGUCCAAUCAGUCCAGUCAGUCAAUCAACAGCCAACAAGGAUUACGUGAUCUAAGCUAAGCCCAAAAUAAAAACAACAAUACAGAGACCUUAAGACUAAAGUGUUUGCCAUGCGUACUUCCGCCCUUAUUGUUGCCUGCGUGGCAUUGUUUGGCGCCGUCCAGUCGCGUCCUGAGCCGCCAUCGCCCUACUAUGGAUUACCCCAGCAGCAGAGCCAGCGUGCACUGCCCCUGAAUGCUCAUCCCGCGUCGCCACACAUCUAUCAGGCUUUGCCUCAGGAGCAAACGUUCGCCAACUUUGCUGCUCCCCAAGUGCCACAGCCACAGAUGAACUAUCUGCCACCUGUCCAGCAACAGCAACCGCAGCAGCCACAACUGAAUGAGCAGCUGGCGCCCGCUGUAGAGCCACUGAACCCCUACGAUGACUCCUACAACAUGGCACACCGUCUCUCAGGUGUCCAGCAUGCCAGCGGAUACAACAAUGCCCCACAGGAGACUCGCGUGCACAAGCACAUCUACGUUCAUGUGCCGCCCAAGGACUUCGAGGAGGAGGACGCCGUUGUGCCACGUGUGCAUCACGAGACUGGACCCAAGCAGAAGCACUACAAGAUUGUGUUCAUCAAGGCGCCAUCGGCACCAGCGCUCCGUCCACCAGUUGUGCCACCACCACCCCAGAACGAGGAGAAGACCCUGAUCUAUGUGCUGCACAAGAAGCCCGAGCAGGAGCAGGAUAUUGUUAUUCCCACACCGCCACCCACCAAGCCAUCCAAGCCCGAGGUCUACUUCAUCAAGUACAAGACCAAGAAGGAGGAAGCCCCCGUCUAUGGACCCCCACCAGCUGAUAUGGAACCUCGUCAGGCCACCGCCGAGGACUUCGCCCCCAUCGCCGAUGUGGCCGAUGUGCUGCCCACCACCCUGGCCCCUGAACCAGAGCCCGAGCAGCCUGCUCCUGUCCCCUCAUCCAUCUACGGGCCACCCACAGCUCCCGCCUACACUGGCGAGGAAGUGCAGACCACACUGGCUGUGCCCUCCAAUCAGUAUUUGCCACCCGCAACCGCACCCGCCGCUUUGGCCAUUGAGGAGCCCUCGAUGGCGCCCAUCAUUGUCGAGGAGCCCAUCGAGCAGCGUCAGCCUACCGAUGCGCCCGUUGCCCCUGUCCCCGCUCAUGUGCCUGCUGUCAACUACGGUCCACCCAACCGCUUCUUCCUCAAGAAGCUGAAGUGAAUGACAGCGCUGUUUUAGCGAAAUUUUAUACUUAGUCUAAAUGGCGUGCCGCCCGCCCCCUUUGCUGUGACACGCCCCCUCGUUCACAACCACAAUCACACUCACACUUCACCCACGCACAUCUCGUUUGUUGCUCGUUUUUUCUCCCAUAAAAAAAGAAGAAUUGUUAAAUUGUUUUUGUUAA